UCUUCGACACGGGAAAAGAGUUCUCGACGGGGGGAGGCGAAAAAGAGGUGAAGUGAAGAUGGCGAGAGGGUCCCGGUGUUUGAGGAGAGCGGUAGCUGAGUGUAUCAGAAACUUACCGUCCACAGCCAGUCGAGAAACACCGGGCAGGAUUGGAGUGAGAUAUCUGUCUUCAUGUGGAAUUCUGAUGACCCGGGUGCCGCCCCUCUUCAGGGCUGUGUCAGGUCGUGCUGUGGUGGCUCCAACCAGGAGCUUCUUCAACUUCUCUGAGUCCUUCAACAAGAGAAAGGAGUACUCUGAAAGACGUAUAAUUGGGUACUCGAUGCAAGAAAUGUAUGAGGUUGUGGCCAAAGUAGAAGACUACCUGCUGUUUGUGCCCUGGUGCAAGCGCUCAGAGGUUGUAUUCCGCCGCUCUGGAUUUUGCAAGGCCAAGCUGAGUGUGGGCUUUCCUCCUGUGGUAGAGAACUACACCUCCCUCGUUACUACAGUUCGCCCUCAUUUGGUCAAGGCAUCUUGCUCUGAUGGAAAACUUUUCAAUCACCUGGAGACGGUGUGGCGCUUCAGCCCCGGUCUUCCUGGCUACCCCCGGACAUGCACCCUUGACUUUGCUAUUUCCUUUGAGUUCCGCUCGCUCCUGCAUUCUCAAUUGGCCACUGUUUUCUUCGACGAGGUCGUGAAGCAGAUGGUGUCGGCCUUUGAGCGGCGGGCGUCCAAGCUGUACGGCCCGGAGACACAGAUCCCACGCGAACUCAUGUUCCAUGAGGUCCACCACACGUAGUUCAUUCCGCAGCUUCAGAUGGAUGGGGGAGGGGUUGUUGUUCAGGGAACUGGGGGUUUUAUUGAAAACAUACAUUUAGAGUAUUACAAAGACAGUUGAGAGAUCAGGGGCUCUGUGUGCCUAAAUAUCGUCAGUGCCUGAUCCAAACAAACCAGUUGAUUUAAUAUUUUUUUAUGCUAAAAAAAAAAAAACAUGGCUGGAUCUUUUCAUGGAGGGCUUGAUUGUGCCCACUGAGCCCUGCUCCACUACCUCCAUGUUAACUUUUUAAAACCCACUACACAUUUUGAGCCGUAUUUUUAACAUGAGGACCUUGAGAUGCUUUUUAAAACAGCUGCCAAAAACCAUAACGGCUCCAUGAAUGGCACAAUAGACAAAGGUCAUGGGUUUCUUCGAAAGGACAUUAUUUUGAGAUAUUUUAAAGUGCAUUAUGGAAAGAUUGUCAUGUUACACAGUUUAUAUGACAGAUGAGUGAUGUAUUUAUUAAAAAGCUUUUAGGUGAUCCUUUAAGAUUUCAAGAAAGGGACGAGGAGACUCGGCUUGAGUGCAUGUGUCACGUGCAGAAGAUUGACUGUUGCCGCAGCACAAAUGCACACAGUGCUAUCAGGGUAUCAAGGCUACACACUGGACUCAGGUCCCUUGUAUUCUUGCAUACCAGCACAAAAAAGGGCUUGAAAAAUAAACGCUGAGAAGUUGGAAAAGCAUGUCCCUUUCACCAUCUUGUGCAGUUUAGUUCUGGCAGUGGAGCUCCAGUUCACUCCUCAGAUGAUUUUAAGUGUCCAGUUUAAAGUCAGCUUUUCUCUCCUAGAGGUGUGCAAUAUAUUUGUAUGUUGUUUUUAACAGACUGCUCACCCAUCUACGAUAUCCACUGCUUCUAAAAGGGCCCAAACUCUGGGAAACGGAGUGGAACGUAGCGAACCUUUCCCAGACUUCUCAUUUGAUUGUAGUGAGGUAUCCGUCGACACAGACCUUGAAAGAUUCCAAUCCACAUCCUGCUUGCUUCCUCGUGCUUACUGCCUUUUACAGAGAAGGUUACAUAUUAUUUGUCAUUAUCUUAAAAACAUGUAUGCGAGUAUCCUGUAUUUAUUUUGGUUAUGGGUUAAUCCACGUGUACAUAUCCAAUGUAAGACCACAGACUAAACUUUAGUGUACAAUUGAGCUACAAAAAACAAAUGAAUAAUCUUUUUUCUUUUUGGGAUCUUUUUUUUGUUUGUUUGUUUGUUUGUUUUAAUUGAAGUGUUUUAAUGAGUGUGUUGUGGGUGAAUAUAUAUAUCCUGCCUGCAUGGUUUAUAAACUAUUUUUAUAUGUAAAA